UAAGCAUGUUUUUCUCUCUGUUUUCCUCGGUCGACACAUAAUGUCAAAUAGUAUACCUUUUGAGAAAGAAUUUUUGCAUUUUUCGUCAUCGGUGUAUGAUGUUAUUGAGAAAACUGAAAGUACCUGUGUCUCACCUUAUAGUUUAAUUUCUGCUCUACUUUUGUUGAUGGUUGGAGCAAAUGGAAGAACGAAAACACAAAUAUCUUCUGCAAUUUUCAAUGAUAGUAAACUUCCAGACAACAAAAAGUUCGAAAAGUACAGGGAACUAAGUGACCAAUUAAUUCAUAAUAAAGGAGAUGAAUUAGAAUUUAAAGUGGCGAACAAAAUGUUUGUAAACAAAAAGUUCACAUUGAGAAAAAAAGUACAAAGGCAAGCUAAAGAAUUCUUCUUAUCGGAUAUCGGUUAUAAAGACUUCACCAAGCCUAAACAGGCUGCUUCCUUUAUGAACUCAUACACUGCCAAGCAUACAAAUAAUAAAAUAAAGGACUUAAUCUCUUGGAAAUGGAUAAAUUCUAUGACAGCAAUGGUUUUAGUGAAUGCUGUGUAUUUUAAAGGCGAAUGGAAGACUAAAUUCGACCCAUCAAACACAAAAAAGGAAGAUUUUUUCGUAAGUAAACAGAAAACUGUGAAAGUAAAUAUGAUGAACGUCAAGCAAUCUGUUUUAUACGUUUCACAAGAUGAUUUUUCUGCUAUAUCACUACCUUACAAGGGAGACAACUUUGAUAUGGUAUUCAUUUUACCGAAAGAGAAUGACGGCCUUCAUCAAAUUGAAGAAAAACUGUCUUCUGAUUUGAUUAAAAGCGUAAACUCAAAUUUAAAGACUGCUAUGAUCCAAAUCAGUGUACCUAAAUUCGCAUUCGAGUCUGAGUUUGACCUCAAGCUUGUUCUUCCCCAACUUGGUAUAGAGGAUAUAUUCAAUCAAGCAAAUGCAGAUUUUUCAACACUUCUCCAAGAACAAACAGACAAAGUUUAUGUGUCUCGCGCAAUUCAUAAGGUAUUUAUAGAAGUAAACGAGAAAGGAACAGAAGCGGCUGCUGCUACUGCUAUCGUAGCACAAGUUCGUAGUGCUAAUAUGCAACUAAAUUUUGUCGCAAACCAUCCUUUCUUAUUUUAUAUUCGAAAUCUUAAUACUGGUAUGAUCCUGUUCAUCGGCCGCUACAGUCCGGUUUGAUCUAUAAAUAACAAAG